CUGCAUUAUGAUAACACACUUAAUCAGUUUUAAUAAGUGAAGUGUUUGCUUUGUUCAUUUCAGACAGUAUGCGGCUUGUCUUUCUUCUCAUACUCUCUCUAUAUGAGAGCACAAAUGGACAGUUACAGGUAACUUCUACGCGCUUCACUUCUUUAACGGAAAUAAGUAUGACUACAAAAGAAAAACUCCCUCUGCUGCAGCUGGUGGCCACGCCAGACAACCCAGUGGCAGCAGGUCAAACAGUCCGGCUCCACUGCAGCGCUUCCCCCAUGUCAGCGUUCGCCACCUGGUCUUGGCAACGGCUGCAAAAUCAGACGUGGAAAGAGGUGGCCGUUGGUAGGGAACUAAUCCUCACCGAGCCACAGCAGAGUGGGGUGUAUCGCUGCCAUGCUGAGAGUGGGUUUUCUCAGGGGAGUGUGAGCCAGAACCACACAGUCCUCAUCGUCUCCAUGAAAGCAACAGUGGCGGAGAAGUUAGGAAUAGCGGCAUUCGUCCUUUCUCUUGUGGUCCUCAUUAGCAUCAUUGCUGGUCUACUCUGGUUAGGGUGCCAAAGCGUUGGUGCCACAGCGACCCCCUCCAGUGAUAGAGUUAAAGGUGUUGCUGCACCUGAAGUGACAUCAAAGGGAGGUUUCCCGCAAGUCAACUGUGAUGGAGACGUAUACAUAAAUUACACAAGCAAUAACCACGCUUACACUGAUCUGGAUCCUACGAGCAAGCCUGCAGAUAAUGUCUACUCAAGUCUGUCAUGACUGAUGGUGUGAAGGAAAGUCAAGACUGAAAGCGAGUUUUGUUCAGCAGAAGAACGAAGGUUGGGUGCAUCCGCAAGAGGAGCUCUGCAUUAGGGUUUCAAUUUCCUGAUAACAGUGUUUGUGUUAGAUUUAAUCUACUUUUGCAAUUAUUGUAAAAUCCUAAAUGUGUAAGUACCCCGCACAGAGUAGCUCUUAGUAAGUAAAGAUGCUCAAAUAACCUUUUCAGCUGCCUCUUCCCUGCUGCCUUCCUGUCAAUCAUUUAUUUAAAAAAAACAGUCUUUUCAUUUAUUCUAAUAACAGCAUCAAAGCAAUAUAAUAAAUUAAAGUUCAAAAUGAAUAAAAAACACAAUUUAACAGUCCCAAAAAAUAGCUGAAUAAUUCUAAGCGCUGGCUGUCAUUCUUACAGUGAAUCAUGGGAUUUGUACUGCAUGAGACAGACACAAUUUCACAAUAGUGGAUGCCAGAGGGGAAACUAACGCAUUAUUGCUUCUGUUCCCGGGUGUCACAAUACUGGAUGCAACUUGCUGAGGCAAAGCAAAAUAAAAGAACUUCUGUGAACAGUAAUAACAGUCUCAUCCUCUCAUGUUUUACAAAUGAAACAUUAGGCAUGUAAAUGAUUGUUCAAGUUGUACCGUAGUACCUUUACAAUGGGGGGAAACAUCUCAAAUAUGUAUCUUUCUCUAAUUAUCUGCAUCCUUGACAUUAUCUGUGGGGCCCAUCUUUUUGGGGCCUGCAAACCACACCAGUGGGAAAAAAUAAAGUUUUCUCUUAAU